AUGUCAAUCGAACUCGAAGAAAGACUUUUUAUCGGCGGAAAGUUUACCGAAGGGAAUGGCAAACGAAUCGUCGUAGUUAAUCCAGCUACAAAGCAAGAAAUAGCAUCUGUGCACGUUGCAGGUGAAAAAGAGGUCGACGCAGCGGUUGAUGCAGCCGAGAAAGCCUGGCCUGCAUGGGCGAACGGUGAUCCCGCUCUACGCGCAAAGGUGUUGCAUAAAUUAGGUGACCUCGUCGACGAACACGCCGACCGUCUCGGGACUGUACAAACCAUGGAGAUGGGGAAACCAGUUGUCCAAUCGAUCGGCGAAGUCCAUUAUGUUGCUUAUCUCUUCCGAUAUUUCGCCGGCAUAGCUGACAAAGUCCACGGCAAGACCAGCCUCAAUGUUCCAGGGUUUCUUGGAAUGGAAAUUAGGCAGCCUUAUGGCGUUACGGCUGGUAUCAUUCCAUGGAAUGGUCCUCUAGCUACAUUGGCGUGGAAAGUUGCUCCUGCACUCGCCACCGGAAACGCAAGCAUCAUCAAGACGAGCGAGAAGUCUCCCCUCAGUGCACUUUUGUUUGCCGCUUUGGCUAAAGACGCUGGCAUCCCAGAUGGAAUUCUUAGCAUACUUAGCGGGGCGCGCGAGACAGGAGAGUUAAUAGUAUCUCACAUGCGGAUUCGUAAAAUAUCCUUUACAGGAUCCACAGCAACAGGGAAAGCCGUUGCCCGUGCUGCUGCUACAUCCAACCUCAAGACAGUCACCCUCGAACUUGGGGGUAAAAGUCCUGUCAUUGUUUUCGAUGACUGCGAUCUCGAGGACGCGGUAUCCAGAGUGCAUGGUGGCUUCACCCAGAACUCGGGUCAAAUGUGCGCGGCUGCGACCAGGAUAUACGUGCAAGACACUAUUUUCGACUCUUUCUCUGAGAAAUUGAUCGCUGCUGCUAAAACGCUGAAAGUCGGUGACCCAACUGACUCGACGUCCUGGUCGGGGCCGCAGGUGGAUUCUAUCCAGCAUAAUCGCGUUAUUCAAUACAUUGAAACAGGAAAAACGGAAGGGGGAAGUGUUCUAAUUGGUGGCGUUCCUGGCGAUGAAAAGGGGUAUUAUGUGAAACCCACGAUAUUCGUCAAUGUCGAUGAAGACGCUACAAUUAGCAAAGAGGAAAUCUUCGGACCAGUUGGCGUUCUUCAUAAAUUUAUAACAGAAGAGGAGGCUUUAAAGAGGGCAAAUAAUAGCGAAUAUGGGCUGGCUGCAUAUGUUUUUACCAAGGACAUCUCCAGGGCGGUCCGCUUCGUAAAAGGUCUUGAAAGCGGACAGGUUGGAGUUAAUACCGUCGCCAUGGCACACCCAAACCUUGCUUACGGUGGAUGGAAAGGGUCUGGAGUCGGACGUGAGCUAGGUGAUUAUGCUAUCGAAGCAUAUACAGAGGUCAAGACUAUUUUCAUUCGAUGA